CCGGUCCUGGGGCUCCCUGGGCCGGGCCGAUCCCGGGGAGCCCCUCGACUGGCUCCAAGAGUGAAGCCGGAAAGGAGAUCUUAGCCCGCCGCCGCCUCCGAGCAGGCCACCGGGCGAGCGCCGGGACAGGACGCCGGCUGCUGAAGAUGGGCGCCCGGUCCUCGCGGCGGCUGCAGCCGGCAGACCCGCCCAUGGCCCUGGACACGCUGCCCCCGGAGCUGCUCGUGCAGGUGCUGAGCCACGUGCCGCCGCGCGGGCUAGUAACGCAGUGCCGCCUAGUGUGCCGCGCCUGGCGCGACGUGGUGGACGGGCCCACCGUGUGGCUGCUGCACCUGGCCCGCGACCGCAGCGCGGAGGGCCGCGCGCUCUACGCCCUGGCUCUGCGCUGCCUGCCCAACAGCGAGGAAGACGAGGAGUUCCCGUUCUGUGCCCUGGCGCGCUACUGCCUGCGCGCGCCCUUGGGCCGCAACCUCAUCUUCAACUCCUGCGGAGAGCGGGGCUUCAAAGGCUGGGAGGUGGAGCACGGAGGGAACGGCUGGGCCGUGGAAAAAAACCUAACACUGGUGCCCGGGGCUCCUUCCCAGACCUGCUUCGUGACUUCUUUCGAAUGGUGCUUCAAGAGACAGCUUGUGGACCUGGUGAUGGAGGGGGUAUGGCAGGAACUGCUUGACAGCGCCCAGAUUGAGAUCUGUGUGGCAGACUGGUGGGGAGCCCGAGAAAACUGCGGCUGCGUCUACCGGCUCCGGGUCCGCCUCCUGGACGUGUAUGAAAACGAAGUCGUCAAGUUCUCGGCGUCACCCAACCCAGUCCUUCAGUGGACUGAGAGAGGCUGCCGACAGGUCUCCCACGUCUUCACCAACUUUGGCAAGGGCAUCCGCUAUGUAUCUUUUGAGCAGUACGGGAGAGACACUCGUUCUUGGGUGGGGCACUAUGGUGCCCUUGUGACCCACUCCAGUGUGAAGGUCAGGAUCCGUCUGUCCUAACAACUGCCAGAUUGGGCCUUCCAGGACACACUGCCAUCUGCUGGACAUUGUCAUUCAAGCGUGGCUUUGCA